AUGUCUUCCUCCUCGUACUCUGAGUACCAUGUCCCAGAGACGGCUCCCCCAGCCGACCUCAAAGCACCGUGCCCUCCACCGCUGGCCGCAGCGCCCUCGGGAGACUUCUGGAACGAGACGCAAUGGAAGGUGCUGUUGUCUCUGCUCGACGCCGUCGUUCCGUCUAUCGUGUCCGAAUCGGACGUGACCAACAAGUUCGACCAGCGCAAGCUGUCCCAGUCCCAAUAUUCUGCCGCCGCCGCCAAGGCCCAGGCGUCAGUGCAGAUGAAGCCGAGCGACGAGCUGCUCAAGGCAUACCUGCAGGAGAGGAUGCUCGACAAGCCGGCCUUUGUCGACAACCUGAAGAGGACACUGGACAGCCUGCCUCCCAAGACGAAGAAUGACCUAGGAGGCGUCCUCUCGCUUCUCUCGUCGAGAGCCGGUGCCUUUGUCCUGACGGGCUACUGCACCCCGGUCCAGGAGCAGCCCAUCCACAUCCGCGAGGCCAUCCUCCAGUCCUGGCUCAAGUCGUGGAUCGGCACCCUCCGCGGCCUCGGCAAGUCCCUCACCAUGGUCGCGCACGUCGCCUACCUCGAGACGUCGCCCCUCUUCAAGCAGAUCACCGGCUACCCGGACGUGCCCGCCGACUGGAAGGCCGGCCGCCACUUUGACUACACCUUCCUGCAGUUCCCCGCGGACCCGGCGCCGGCCGUCAUCGAGACCGACGUCGUCGUCGUCGGCUCGGGCUGCGGCGGCGCCGUGGUCGCCAGGACGCUCGCCGAGGCCGGCCACCGCGUCGUCGUCGUCGACAAGGGCAGCUACUUCCCGCCCUCGCAGCUGCCCAUGCCGCAGGAGGAAGGGUCGCGCUACAUGUACGAGAACCAAGGCUUCAUCGCGACCGAGGACGGCUCGCUCAGCGCCGUGGCCGGCGGGUGCUGGGGCGGCGGCGGCGCCGUCAACUGGUCCGUCUGCCUGCAGACGCAGGGCUUCGUGCGGCGCGAGUGGGCGCGCCAGCACGGCCUGGCCUGGUUCGAGACGCAGGACUUCCAGGACGCGCUCGACCGCGUGUGCGGCCUCGCGGGCGCGUCCGAGGACGGGGUCCGGCACCCGCACCGCGCGCGCGUCGUGCUCGACGGGGCGCGCCGGCUCGGCUGGCACGCCAAGGCGACGCCCGUCAACUCGGCCGGCGAGGACCACUGGUGCGGGCACUGCCACCUCGGGUGCGGCGGCGCCGGCAAGCUGAGCACCGUCGUCAGCUGGCUGCCCGCCGCGGCCGAGGCGGGCGCCCGCUUCAUCGAGGGCUUCCUCGUCGACCGCGUGCUGUUCGACGACGACGGCAAGAAGGCCACCGGCGUCGUGGGCACGUGGACGUCCCGGGACGGCAAUGGCGGCGUCAGCGGGCCGCUGUCGGAGAGGACGACGCGGCAGGUCGAGAUCCGGGCCAAGAAGGUCGUCCUCUCGGCCGGCUCGCUCUGGAGUCCGCUUAUCUUGAUGAAGAGCGGUGUCAAGAACCGGAACCUCGGCCGCAACCUCCGCCUGCACCCGUGCAACUUUGUCAGUGCCUGUUUCGAGGAGGAGACUCGUCCCUGGGAAGGCGGCAUCAUCACGAGCGUGUGCACAAGCUUUGAGAACUUGGACGGACAAGGCCACGGCGUCAAGCUCGAGCCGACGUGUAUGCUGCCCUACGCGGCGCUGUCCUGGGUCCCCUGGCGCAGCGGCCUCGACUUCAAGCUCGGCGCCCUGCGCUACCGGCACCUCGCCAACUUCAUCUCCCUCACGCGCGACCGGGACUCGGGCUCCGUCUUCCCGGACCCCGUCACCGGCCGGCCCCGCAUCGACUACACCCCGUCCCGGUUCGACGCCGCCCACACCCUCGAGGGCGCCGUCGCCCUGGCCCAGAUGUGCUACGUCGCCGGCGCCACCGAGAUCGCGGUCGUGCUGCCGGGCAUCGAGCCGUUCGUCCGGGCCGCACCGCCGCCGCCACCACCACAGAAGCAGGCGGGCGGUGACGACGACGACUCCGGCAGCAACCUCGGCGUGUCGGACCCGGCGUUCGAGAAGUGGAUCGCGCACGUCCGCAAGGUGGGCAACCGCACGCCCGACGCGGCCUUCAGCUCGGCGCACCAGAUGGGCACGUGCCGCAUGAGCAGCCACGCCGGGGCCGGGGUGGUGGACCCCCGCGGCCGGGUCUGGGGCCGCGAGGCGCUCUACGUCGCCGACGCGAGCGUCUUCCCCAGCGCGAGCGGCGUGAACCCCAUGGUCACCAACAUGGCCAUCGCGGACCACAUCGCCAGGGGCAUCGCGAGGGAGCUCGUUUCCGGGGCGUGA